AUGGUUGCUGUCCGCAACUCUAUCGCUGCUUUCAUCGCGGUCUGCGGCACGUGUGCUACGCAUAUAACGACUAACAGAUCGUCGGACUGCUACUGUCUACCUAGUGAUGCCUGCUGGCCAUCGGCUGACAAGUGGAACACGUUGAACACCACGGUGGAUGGGAAAUUGAUCGCGACGGUACCUCUCGGCUCUGUGUGCCAUGACCCAGCAUACGACGAAGCAGUUUGUGAAGCUUUGAAAGCAGCCUGGAGAGACCCGGAACCACAUUACGACUCUUCGUCCUCUGCAAUGACGACGUAUUGGGCGAAUGCCAGUUGCAAUCCUUUCUCGGGCCGCUCAACACCAUGCGGGCUCGGCAAUUUAAUUUCCUACGCUGUCAAUGUUUCCAGUACUGAAGACAUUGCAGCGACGGUCAAGUUUGCCGGAUUGCACAAUGUUCGCCUUGUCAUUCGCAACACGGGCCACGACUUCAUUGGGCGCUCGAGUGGUGCUGGGGGACUUGCGGUGUGGACACACCACCUGAAAAGUCUCGAAGUGAUUGAAAACUUCGAAAUGCAAAGUGAAGCAGGAGAGGAGGGCUAUAGUGGAACCGCGUUGAAGAUGGGCUCUGGGGUUCAAGGUUUUGAGGCAGAGGCUUUUGCUGGAAAAUACGGUCUUGUUGUCGUAGGCGGUUGGUGCCCAUCUGUUGGCAUUGCGGGAGGCUAUACUCAAGGUGGUGGGCAUAGUCCACUUGGGUCAGAAUUCGGUAUGGCUGCUGAUCAAACCCUUGAGUUUGAGGUCGUCACUGCGGAUGGAUCAGUUGUCAUUGCCUCGCCUCAGGAGAACAACGACCUUUACUGGGCACUCUCUGGCGGCGGGCCAGGUACAUAUGGCAUUGUAACGAGCGUGAUUGUGCGAGCCUACCCGGAUCUACCUGUUGGCGGAGCAUUCGUAUACGUAUCCAACGACCUGUCACAACCCAACGCAUCUACCAUACUCGACAACCACUGGGCGACAAUCAAGACUUGGUACAGCCUUCUACCAAAUCUGACUUCCAAUGGAAUCGGGGCCACGUUCUCCUACAAUAACUCUCUCUUCGUUGUCGUUCCACUCACUGCUUAUAACAAGACCUCAGAAGAGGUGACUGCUGCACUUAAGCCAUGGACUGACCAUCUGGAUUCUGUAGGAAUGAGCUAUACGGCACAGUUCACCGACUUUCCAAGCUACUAUCCCCACUGGAGUGCAUUUGUCACACCUGGACCUGUAGGCGGCUUUUGGCAAAGCAUAUCUCGUCUUGUGCCGUCGUCUAUUUUGAGUGACCCCCAGACUCUAUCGACUUAUGUCAACGUGUCCAGAAACUUUGCGGACCAAGGUGCGAUGGCCGGAUGCACGGCCAUCGCGCCCAAGAAGAGAACGAGUUUCCAUAACGCCGUCUUACCUGCAUGGCGCGAAGCUGCGGCUAUUCAUGGAUUAAUGCACGAAUGGAGUGACGAACCAUCCUUAUGGGAUGACAUGCAGGAAAUGCAGCGGUACACGGACGAACAAAUGGCUCCUGUGCUGAAGAGCGCCACUGGUGGAUCAGCAGGACCCAAAAACACAGGUGCUGGUAGCUAUGUCAACGAGGUUCAAGGAGUUGAAAUAGACUGGAAGGACGAGAGCUUUGGCAUAAACUACCAACGGCUUCUCCAGGUGAAGAGAAAGUGGGAUUCAGAUGGGGUGUUCUGGGGGCCACGACUCGUCGGAAGCGAAAGUAGACAAGUUACAGGGGAACCCAGGGAUAUUGGUGAUGGCCGGCUAUGUAGAACCAGAUACUAG